CCCAACGGCGCUUCCGAGUGCGGCUGCGCGGUGAUGGCGGCGCCCGGCGCGGAGAUGGAGGCGUUGGUGUGCUCGCGCGGGCGGAACCGCAAGGCCGUGCUGUGCCAGCGCUGCAGUUCCCGCGUGCUGCAGCCCGGCGCCGCCACCUUGGCCCGCAGGCAGCUUUUCCUCCCUUCCAUGAAGAAGAAGACGGCCCUGGCUGAGAGCGGUUCCCCCGACGGGGACGUGCUGCAGGACCACUGGCUGGUGGAUGACAUGUUUUCCUUUGAGAAUAUCGGCUUCACGAAGGACGUUGGGAACAUCAAGUUCCUUAUCUGUGCGGACUGUGAGAUCGGGCCCAUCGGCUGGCACUGCCUGGACGACAAGAAGAGCUUCUACGUCGCCUUGGACCGUGUUUCCCAUGAGUGACGGCCAGAGCGACGCUGGUUCCCCCGAGGUCCUCGCAGCCGGUGUAGCCGUUUCAUGCAUCUCCAUUGUGCACUAACAUGAAGCUGUUCAUACAACACGUGGACUUGAACCUGUCAUGGACUCAUCUGAAAUGGCUUAUUUAAGGCAAUGUGCAAUUACUCAUACAUUCAUUAAAUCUGGUCCAUCUUUUCAUUGUAUUAUGGAGGUGGGGGUGGCAGUUUUAUGAAUUUUGACUGAUAUUUUUUUUUACUGCUGAUUCAAGGGCAUUUUCCAGUUGUGUUGGAGGUGUUAAAGUGAGGACACAUUUCUUGUUUCUGCCAUGUCUCUUACCCCACACUAACUUGUUGUUCGUGUCCUAAUAUUGUUUAAAUGUUGACUAUAUUGUGAUACGUUACAUUUAAAAUGUGCAUCCUCUAAAUAAAUGGCUAACUAGAAACUACAUCUGAUAAUAGGGAUAACUAGGUAGAAUUCUGUUCAGUUUCUGUGGCAUUUCAUCCAGUGUUAAUGGCUUCCCAUUGUGUUUUGACCUAAAGGGCUUAUCAUUUUUACCAUUCGUUAAAAAAAAUUACAACAAGGGCAGCUUUGUCCCUAAUUCUAAAAAGGGAUGACUUUCCCACUUUUUGUAAGGGCCACAAGCUAGCAGAGAGCAGAUUUAGACUGGACAUUAGGAAGAACUUCACAGUUUGAGUGGCCAAGGUCUGGAAUGGGCUCCCAAGGGAGGUGGUGCUCUCCCCUACCCUGGGGGUCUUCAAGAGGAGGUUAGAUAGGCAUCUAGCUGGGGUCAUCUAGACCCAGCACUCUUUCCUGCCUAUGCAGGGGGUCGGACUCGAUGAUCUAUUGAGGUUCCUUCCGACCCUAACAUCUAUGAAUCUUUUACUACUUGAAUUUUCCUUGGCCAGGUAGUAAAGAUAAUCUGGGAUACCAUGGAGGCAGUAGUAAGAAAUCUGAGUUUUCUGUGAGGGACAUUCAUAGUAAAACUACAAGGAGUUAAUGUACUUGAUCUACUGUCAUUAUAAAUAUUCAUAUCUGAGUAAAUGAAUUUCAUGCUUCUCAAUGCUGGUUUUUUUUAAUUUAGGACUCAGCUGAAAACUGAACUGAUUAUUAUAAUUCCCCAAAUGACACUCUGCAGUUUGCUUAAAAUUAGGAUAUACAUUGUCUUGUUACAAAAGGCAAGUUCGUAAAAUACAGUGCAGAAAAACUGUCAGAUGAGCAAGUAUGGUUUUAAUGUAUACUGAAUAAUGGCAAAAGCUGGAUAAUGCUGAGAGGUUAUUGAAAUGAUUUGGUUAAAAAAAAAAUCAGACAGGAUCAUUAUCUGUUUAAAACUUUAUGGUGGUAGAAGUUGCUGCAUUGUAAAAGCUUUGGACUAUUUAGAAAGAAAAAAUAAUUUUCUGUAGCUCAACAUUUAUUAUUCAGUAGAAAAGCUGCAGCCAAGAGGCUAUUGCAGCAGACAAUGUGGACAAACUAGCUGAUUUGUUCUGACCUGUGGAAUUGCAGGGUAAUUUUUUUUCUUUUUUGGAGAGAAGGUGCAGCUGCUGCAAUUGCAACUAAUAUUUUUGUGUUUACUUUCAUCAGCUUUCUAAAUAAAGUGAAAACCCAGUCUUUGUA